AUGUCCCUCCCCCGUAUCUCCUUCCUCGAAGGAUGGGAGCGCAACCCCACUUAUCCCUCCGACGAUGAAGACUACCAAGAUCUUCCCGAGGGGUCUGUGUCGUCCUCUUUUCCCUCCACCUACAGCAGAUUGAACUUCAAUCCUUAUGCGGGCCCGGGCUGGAACGAAAGACCAGACGAUCACGACGAUCGAUCCACCUUCUUAAAUCUGUCUCCAACUACUACGCGCGAGGGACGUGCUUCACCUGCGCCUGUGUCUGCGCGUGCGCAGUCGCCAGAGAGACAUGAGCCGGUUCAUGUAGAGGUUAUUGCGCGCAAGGAACCGUGGGCGGAUACCACUGGUGCUUAUGAAGUGAGCGCUGCGAGGAGAAUUGCCCAGGUUUGUACCGCCGUUGUAUAUUGCUUUUUGGCGGCUGGUGUUGUAUUUGGAUUCGCAGCUAUCAAGCCAAUUCUGAUUCGUGAGAAUGUAUAUCGCAACCUUUGCACAAAGGCGGAGCUUGAUGAGGGGGUUGAUGUAUGCGAUAGGCAGGAGAUUAGGUUGAAUCUGAUGUUCACCAUCGCAGCUGUGGUAACCAAUGUCUCGGCUCUCCCUGUUGGGACGAUCUUAGACGCAUAUGGACCCCGCGUGAGUGGGAUCAUUGGCAGUUUCUGUCUCGCUAUCGGAGCACUGCUGUUCGGAACAGCGCAUAAACUACCAUUCGAUGGAUACAUUCCUGGGUAUUUGUUCCUCGCGCUAGGUGGACCAUUCGUGUUCAUCACGUCAUUCCAUCUAUCAAAUACGUUCCCCGCACGAUCAGGUCUAAUCCUGUCCAUGCUGACAGGAGCAUUCGAUGCCUCGAGUGCUCUAUUCCUGAUCUUCCGCCUUCUCAACGAACAUACCGACGACCUUGUAUCAAUCCCCAGUUUCUUCGCGGUCUACCUCAUCGUCCCACUUUUCAUCAUCAUAGCACAAAUCUUCAUCAUGCCAGCAAACUCGUACAAAACAGCAGGCCAGCUAGUACAACAGGCAGAAGAACAAGUCGCAGAUGAAACAAAUGACCACAUAGACGACUCAGUCACCGACCAAGACGAACGCGAACGUCUUCGCAAAGACAGACGCCUCCGUCGCCAAAGCAUCGUCAACCAAAUCCAAAGCCUCCUAGACGACGGCACCGCAUCCGUCGUCUCAGCCACCACAAUCGACGACACAGUCUUCCACAUCGACGCCCACCUCUCUCCACCCAAACCUUCUCCUCCAGUCCUCCCCAAAUCCCAUCCCCAACCCCAGCCCUCCCAAGGCGGCGUCUGGGGCGUCCUCCACGGCCGCAGUGCCCUAAACCAACUCCGCACACCAUGGUUCACCCUGAUAACAGCCUUUACGGUAUUAAUGAUGCUCCGGAUAAAUUACUUCGUCGCAACCCUCCGCAGCCAAUACAGUUACCUGCUUACACCCCACACAGCAAAGACGAUAAACACCUUCUUCGACAUCGCUCUUCCAAUCGGUGGUCUCCUCUCUGUUCCUUUUAUAGGAACUUUCCUGGAUACCUUCCAGACCCGCACCGUCCUGCUCAUCCUCGUUUCCACAGCUACUGCUAUUGGAAUUCUGGGCUGUAUACCGGAUAGUCUACCCGCGGCAUAUGGAAAUAUCAUUCUCUUCGUGCUAUACAGACCUUUCUAUUAUACCGCCGUCUCCGAUUACGCGGCCAAGGUCUUUGGUUUCCAGACUUUCGGAAAGGUAUAUGGUCUUGUCAUUUGUUUAGCUGGGGUUGGUAAUUUCGCUCAGGCCGGUUUGGAUGCGCUUACGCUUAUUGUUUUUGGGGGAGAUCCUAUUCCUGUUAAUGUUGGGCUUACGCUUCUUGUUGCUGUAUUUGGUGGUGGGCUUGUUGCUUUUGUUUGGGUUAUGACGAAUGUUUUGGAGAAGGAGAGGGUUGACGGCGUGAGCGGGCAGGGGGAGAGAGCGCCUUUGCUAAGUGAGACUGAGGGGAGGAAUUACGGUGUGUAG